CCGGCAGUCGAGGCUGAGGCGGCGCGGCGCGAGCAUCGGGCAAACAGCGCCCGCGCGCGCCCGAAGGCCCAGUGAAACUUGUACACCGCGAUCGAAAUAUUACAAAAUUUAAUCAGAGGUUUAUAUUCCAUUAAAUUAUUACCUAAUUCGGUCUGUGCUUAGUGUUUUAUGGGGGAAUUAUUUCGGUUGGCUAAUUGACGGAUUAUGGGUUUGGCAAUAGCUGUCCCCAUAGCGGGCAAGUUUGUCGUCCGACCACAUAAAUUCGUACUUUCUCUAAUAAAAGUGUUACUGUGGAAGUGGAAAGUGGAGAGUGGAUAUGGAAAUUUAUAUGGAUAUGGGAUGCAUUUUUCUAAAAAUGUGUAGGGCAAGGAUAGAGGCACAGAUGAGGAGCGGAGCGGCGGCGCGCUGGUGCUCCGCUCUCGGCCGCUAGAUGUGCGCGGGCUGAGCCGCGGUGCAUGUACGCGGCGGCGGGCGGCGCGUCGCUCGCGGGCCGAAAGCGUGCUUGUAUGGACGUUAGUGACAUGUGCUAUAUGGCAGUGUUGGUUAUCCAAGUGACAAAAGUAGGCCGGCCAUGAAACAGAGACAUCUGUCGGAGAGUGUUCGGUGGCAGGUGUUGAAGAAUCAGAGACUGCGACUCGACGUGCGGAACGAGACUUGAGUGCGUCGCAAUAAAAUAAACAUAAUAAUAACGGACAUUAGACACACUGAACGUGUAACGCCAAAUUGCGCUUGCUUCCAAUACCGUUCUCACAUUAAACAUAUCGUAAGACUACAAAACAAUUUACUAUAAUAUAUUUAAUAUAAUAGUUUCGCGCCUUUUCACGUGCCUAUCUUAAACCAAUUCUAAAACAUCUCUAGUGAGAUUUAACAAUCUUUAGUACUGUGAUGAGAUUUGAUUGAAAGUGAUAUCGGUGUUUAUUGCAUAUUUCUCUUUCUGCUGUUUUAAAUAUUAGAAUAGGUUCGCUAGAUUAGUUUUCCAAUAUUGCUCGAAUUACCAUAAAAGGUCACAAAAACAACAGCGCUUUUUAACCAAAAACGAGUGUCUUAGCGGUAGGGCUAAGAUUAAUUUUCCCCCCGCGGUUCGUAACGGCCUCAAAGCUGGCAAGCAUGCAGGCAGCUCUUAUGCUAAGAGCCAAAUCGCGGGAGAGAAGAAAACAACGACUGAAACGUGGAAUAAAGAGUGAACUACCAAGCAAUGUGGCGACGAAACCGAUCGCACCAUUCCCAAGAUACCCGCCCGCUUCAUGGUGCGCGGCCGGUCGCGCGGCGUGGCAGGAGGCGGCAGCGCUGUCUGUGGGCGGCGGCGGGCUGGGAGCUGGUGGGGCCGCGCGCCGCUGCUCCGUGCUCGGCGAUCACCCCGGCGCCAGGAGAGACCAGCGCGGCAAGUGGCACCGCACCAAUCGGGUCCGCGAUGCGUCCUACGGUUCAUCAUCAGACUCGGACGAGGGGGAGGGAGCGCCCGGCGAGCCGUGGGGCGUCGCCCGGCUGCUGUACGCGGGUCUGGCCAUCCUCGCAGUUGGUCUCGUCAUCUAUUUCGUGGGUACCGGAGACAAGGGUUUCAAAACGCCUGCACUGCGCCUGGUGGGCCCGUCCCUUAUCGUGGCGGGGUUGGCGUGUUGUUUAUUACGUAUCAUGUUUUGUAUAUUCGCCAAGCCUUGCUGCAGACGGCGACCCAACCACAAGGAGAACAGAAGACUGUCCGGUUGCGUGGAGGGGGAGGAAAUGCCUCUGGCGGGUGCGAGUCGAGCAGGGCCCGCGCAGUGUUCCCCCGCUCGAAGGCUCGAUGCCUCCUCCUGCGACGUAUCCAGCUUGUCCAGUGGCGAAGAGGACGAACGCCUGCGACGAUAUCGCACCAACAACCAGCCGCAGACUGUACUCGUGCAGCCGGCGGGCUCACAGCCAAAACCGCAGCCGUCAUCGCCGGUCGCACCGCCAGUUCAAGUCCAGGCGAACCCACCAGCGGCUACGUCAAGCCACGCAAAGCAAUCCGCCUGCCCAGUAAUUGGCAAACGGCCUCCACCCCGUACUGUGUCCUUCGCGGGCGCACCCGACGGCGAAUUGGUCCUCAGUCCCGCACAACUGCGAUAACCAAGCAAUAAACUAUCACGCAAUACUUUUUAUACACGUGACGUGACCUGGUUGCUAUCAUCCGUGUGGCUUAGUUUAAACGUUUUAAUAUAGUGUAAGCGUUAAUCUGUAGUAAUUUGAAUAUUGAAUGUGCUAGAUCAUCCGUCUUAACGCCAACUAGAUACUACGUGGCGCGGUUCCACCUUUAUUUAUUGUAAUACAGAUCUAACGAGUGAAUCGUUCGGGCCAAUAUUAGUAGCUAAUUGGACAUCAGGAACCGCGUCUCGUAGUUAUUCGAUAUUAAAUAGUGAAUAUAUAAUAUAAAUAUUGUGUUAAAACUGCCUACUACUAGUGCGAAUUUAUAUUUAAAUAUAAAAAAUCAUAAAUAGAUAUAUAACUGACAAUAAUGAUUGUUAACUGAUGUAUAAAGUGUUAUGGCGUACGUGAUUUUUAAUUGUUCCAUUUAUUUGUGGGUAAUAACGAAAGUAGUUCAUACGCCGAGUGUGUUUGAAAUAUGUAAUGUUGAGGUAUGAAAUAUUUUAUAUUUAAUUAGUUAAAGUAAUGAAAUACAUAUUUAUUGAUAAUCGUCAUGAUAUAAGCGAAUUGAUGGUGACAAGUUGAUUAUGCAGUGGCAUAUACGUUUUUUUAUUGACACAUAUAUUUAUAUUCCGAAAUAUAUAAUGAAUAAAAUAUUAUAUAAUAAUAAUAUACUACCUGUACCUAACAAAUGUCCAAAUAAGGGCUCUAUACGACAUUUAAAAGCAUGAUAAUAAUUUCCGUGAAUACGUAUAGGUUAUUUCUUCAACGCGAACCUUUUAUAUGAAAUCUGAACGAACGUUUGUAAUACAUCUAUGGCAUGACAUAUUACUACAUGGCAUGUAAAAUGAAAUGUAUCCUCUGUACUUACGGAAUUGACACGACAUUUAAUGAUGCAGUUGUUUACAUAAAAAAAAAAGAUAUUUGAAACUUGGCGGCUGAACUACAUGAGACACCAAAGAUAGUAAUUAUUAAGUAAUCAGUGUAUAGUGAUACUGUUUAACAGUAAUGUUAUUAUGUAUAAGAAAACGGUAACAAUCGUAUAGAUUUUCUUGUCACUACAUAUUGUUUGACGUGUAUUGAAAAACAUUUUAAAACAACAUUCGUGACAUUUAUGACAGAUAAAACAAAAUGUAGUGUCAAUAAAGCUUUAUUGUUAAGCGUGCGUUGCAUAUUGGCACAAUAUAGUCGGAUACUGUUUAUAUAAUAUAUAUUUUAGACAUAUUUGCACCACUAGUAGUGAAAUAUUCAAGUGUAUCUGCAGAUUUAGCUAGAAUUUAUGAUUGGACACACACGUGAAACAUCGUGGAAAUCGAUUGCUGGUGCAAUUUAAGAUGUCAAAUAUGCAUGUAAUGGAGUUGCAUGUACAAGGUUAAAUUCCUAUAGACAAUUCGUGUGGUAUAUAAUGUUUUGAUUAGUUUUCGUCAAUUAACUUUGUAACUGGUAGUUGUUUUGUAUUAUUUAAAUCUAAGAAUUGUCAAUUACUUAAUAUUUAUUUUUUGGCGUAAGAUUUGCUUCUUUUCAUUAUUGGCAAUCUAACUUCUAAUGGGUCAAAAAUAUUAUGUAUUUUUAGACAUUGCAGACUCCAAUACAGACGAUUGUCCGUUAAAAAUGAUUGCGGUGGUAAAAUAUUUCUGUUAUUCUGCAACCUUAAAGUUCUCCAUUGAUGCUUCCUUGCAUACACUUGUAGUUUAACCUUUGAUGACCGGAAUAUUAUAUUCCAUAGUUACCUCAAAGAAAAUUUUAAAUUCUUAAAAAAAAUAGUUUUUAAGAAUUUAAUAUUUUAUUUAUCAGAUUUAUUCUAAAGCGGUUCUUUUUUGGUUUUAUUAAUGAUGUCUAUUUAAUUAAUUAAAUUCUUGAUUAUCUUUUUGUAGAAUACAAUAUGAAAUGACUCAAACAUUUGAACGAACAAAUCAUUUUUAUAUUAUAAUACUCUUAUCCUAUGACUAUGUACCCUCGUUAUGGAAUCGCUAAGUUUUCACUCUUAUAUGAAUUUCGCUGUUUAUAAUUUAGGUAUGUAAUUUCUAACUAACACAAGUCAUAAAUUCAUGAAUUAUUUACUGAACACGUUAAUGUUAAGUGUUUUUAUUUCUUAAAGUGUUUGAUACUCUAUUUAAAAUGUUUAAGCAGCGAAAUUUAUUAAUGGAAAAACAAAUAUCCCGAAAAUCCCAACAUAAAUAGAUGUUAAGGAAAAUUAUGAGCUUCAUUUAGACUUAUUGGCUUGUGUAACAGAGUGUUGUGUACAUAAAAUCAUCUUCUGCAUCACUUCCGUAAUUAUUCACGGUUCUAAAAUUGAAAUCCCCUUUUUUUUUCUAAGUAUCCAAAAAGUUUGUAUAUUGUUACCACAAAGCGCACACAAUCUGGUGACAGGGUGAAAAAUUUUAUAUUUGUCUACCAGCAGACGCAAAACCAUUCAGGGUCAAUAUAAGAGUGAGGUAAAACAGUUUUGAAAAACCCUUGCUUUUGUCUAGCUUUGAAUGAUCCUGAAUUACGAUUUUGAAUAUCACACAUUUAUCAAAUGUAUUUUUACAAAGCCUGCUUAUUUAUAGAACGAUAUAAACCUUUUAUAGGAGAAUAUUUACUACACAACAGUUUUGAAGCGUCUAAACAUUAAAUGAACCGCACCGUUAUAUUUCUCUAAAAAUUUACUCAUAAACAACAUGUCAUAACAUAUUUAAUCACACUAUUUAUUUGAAUGAAUAAACACCAAUGACAUGAUCAUGUUCUAAAGCUACAUUUUCCUGUCCGUGCUUCCAGCUUCUCGCUUUCAUAAAACGCUUGUAAUUUAAGCUUUUCAAAUAGGUAAUUGAAGGCCUAAGUUGUCGUUUUUAUUAUAUUUGUUUUUGAAAAAUUCUAAUAUAUAUAUAUUUAUCAUGCAUUAUCGAAGUUUGUCUCAAUAUGUUUGUAUAGAUUUAAGAUACUAUCAGCUAUACGUAUAUAAUAGCAAUAACAAUAGGACAGACGUAUUAUUUGAAUAUGAAGCUUGAAAGCUGCCGAUUGUACCUAAUAAGUUGCGCAGAGACCAAAGUUUGUUCAAAAUACUAUAAUAAUUCGUUAAGGCUAAGAUUAUCAUACUGUAAUAUCGUUCCUUUUAUAUUUUGUCAGUUGUAGUUUUGUAAGAAUAGAUAGUUUAUGCGUAAUUCAUAUUGUAAUUAAAUUUAUUUUGCGAAGCAGUUAACUGUAAAUUUUUUGUGUGUAUUCUAAUGUUUCGUCUAUAAAAAUUUAAGUCAUAAAUAUUUUAUCUGCUAUAAUAAGCUUGGAUUCGAUCUUAAUACCUUAUUUUCACUGGUUUCCACAAAAUUUCAAUAUUAUUUGGACGAUCUAUGGAAAAAAUUUGUAACUAACAGAUUGCAAGCACCGUGUAGUUUAAAAAUUUACCGCAUUAAAAAAUGUCUUACAGUAAAAUGUUAAGAUAUUUUUUAAUCUGUGACAGUUUACGGUGCAGAUUAGAAUGAUCUGUGAUUUAGUGUUGCUAAUUGAGAGUUUAAUUUAUAUCGUGUUUGUAUUGUACAUUGUUUUAAUUGUAAAAAUGUUUGACAUUCCGCUCAAUCAGUACACAAGUAAUAUUAACUUUUUAUAUAUUAUGGAAGUUUCGUUUUUACAUAUUGUUUGACACCCCUCAUGGUAUGUAUUAUUUAUAGGCAUUGGUGCAUAUCAUGUGUAUAGAACAGGUGAAUAAUCAAAUAAAUUAGAACAGAAAUAUAGUUGAA